AUGCCGAUGGCAGCGGUGAUCCACGAGAAGGGCACGCCCGAGGUGUUGCGCUGGGAGUCCAUCGACAUACCGGCGCCCGGCCCCGGCGAAGUUCGGCUGCGCAAUGAGGCGGUCGGGCUCAACUUCGUCGAUACCUAUCACCGCCGCGGCAUACCGCACCCGUGGCCGGUGCCGCCGCUGCCGGUCGUGCUCGGCUUCGAGGGCGCCGGCCGCGUCGAGGAGGUCGGACCCGGCGUCACCGGGUUUGCAGCGGGCGAUCGGGUCGCCUAUGCGCUGCCGCCCCACGGCGCCUACAGCCAGGUGCGCAACUAUCCGGCGGCGAAUCUCCUCAAGGUGCCGGCCUCCCUCGACCAUCUCGACGACCGCAUUCUCGCUGCCUCGAUGCUCAAGGGCCUGACCGUGCAAUACCUCGUGCGGCGGACGUAUCGCGUGGAGCGGGGCGACGUCGUGCUCGUCCACGCCGCGGCGGGCGCCACGGGUCUGCUCCUCUGCCAGUGGGCGAAGCAUCUCGGGGCGAUCGUCAUCGGCACCGUGAGCUCGGCGGCGAAAGCGGAACAGGCACGCGCGGCCGGGGCGGAGCACGUCGUCAUCCAUGGCGAGGGGGAUUUCGUCGCCACCGUCCGCGAAGUGACGAACGGCGAGGGCUGCGCCGUCGUCUACGAAUCGAUCGGCAAGGACACGUUCCGCCGUUCGCUCGAUUGCCUGCGCCCGCUCGGCAUGAUGGCGAGCUACGGCCACGCCUCCGGGCCCUCCCGACCCCGUUGA